AUGGCUUUGACCGCCAGGCGCCGGAAAGGCCUACCAGUGCCAGAAGAGCUGCCACAAUCGCUGGCAAGGCUGGUGGCCGGUGCCAUCGAAUUUCCAACACAUGCUCCGUUGGAAGAAUUACCUGGUGUGGAUCAUAAUCAUUCCAAGUGGGCAAUUGAGCCAGAAGAUCUUGAGAGGUAUCGAGACCUCUUUCUGAUGGAGUGUCCUGGGUCUUUCUUGAGCUUCGCUGCAGCUCAGCAGGUCCUUGGAAGGUCACAGCUUCCAGGCGGCGAAGUGGAGCACAUCCUGCGGAUCGCCGACGUAGAUCAGGAUGGCCAACUCCACUUCGGUGAGUUUGCCGCAGCUCUGCAUGUGACGGCCCUCCGGCGCCAGGGGGAAGAACUGCCGGGAGCGCUGCCCUGGCCGCUGCAAGAAUUGGCAGCGGGACAAGAGUCAGGAGGACUCGAUGCUGAGGAAGUGGAGGUGUACACCAAUCUCUUUGAGCAGCUCAGGUCUCCGAAUGGAGACCUUGGGCUGAAGGACGCUCAGCAGGUGUUCCAGCGUUCUGGGCUCUCAAAGUCAGAGCUCUCACACGUGUGGAGGUUGUCAGAUCUGGAUGAGGAUGGGCGUCUCAAUCUGCAGGAGUUUGUUUGCGCCAUGGCCCUCUUGCAGCGGUGCCGCGAGGGCUUGCCAUUGCCAAGCUCACUUCCGCAGGAGUUGCAGGCGUAUGCAUACUCACAGCCAAUGCAAUUAAGAAGUAAAUAA